AUGGCCUCUUCGCAGCUUGGAAGCUGCGUGCUCUGCAGGUUACCAUUGAGAACCCUUUGCGCGCUUGGACUUGGUCCGCUGGCCACGCUGGUCACAGAAUUUGGCCGCGACCAUUCAUGCCCCAGCUUUGUGGAGUGGUUCUUUGACCUGCAGAAUGUGCAUUUUUCUAUGUGCAUGCAUGGGGGCCAGCAUAAGAAGGACACCCGUCUUCGAGCCACGCCUGGUGUCUUUGACGUGCUCAAGGCAGACUGUGACGGUGCUCACGAGCAUUUGCCUUAUGGUUAUCGCUGGACUGCGGGUGCAUGGACUUUUGACACGGCGAGUGAAGCUCAGUACCCUCGCUUGCUCUGCCAGCGUAUGGUGAGGGCUGCUUCCGAGGCUGUCUCUCCUGCCUUGCUUCGCGACGCAACCGCGCGCUUCCGGCUGGAUUCUCUGGCUGCGGUGGGAUCCCAGACUAUGAAGCACCCUCCGCUUAUUCCCGAGUUCAAGUCCAUGGUUUGGAGCCUUUGCCGGAUGUUUCGCCGGACCAGUGCUCUAGCCCUUCGGGCGCUCCCGGCUGGCCCGUUGCACUACAACCUUGUGAUUGUCUUUCCCCCGCCUCUUAACGAUGCGGCCGCCGAAACGUUGGCUUGGACCCUCCUGCAACAAGGCCAGGUCUCUCAGGAUGAAGCCCUGCAGCUGGUGUCCCUGCUUUCGCAGGCCUCUGGGUCCCGUCGGGCCAAGCAGGAUGGGCUAGCGUGGAUGUCCGGCGCUUAUGUUUUCGGCUCCCAGACGGGGCUUCACUCUGCUACCAGGACCUUCCCGUUUGUUACGGCCCUCUUCGCGCAGACUGUUGUGCACUUCGUGCCGGAGGUUGCCUUCACUUCCAUGGCCGUCUUCGCUGACUUCUAUGGGCCUGAGCAUGUUGAUAAGCACAAUGACCACUCUUACCUGAACGUGAUCAUUCCUCUAUCGUCCUUUCAGCAAGGUGGUGUGGCUGUGGGAGAUCAAGUCCUGCCUGUUGCCAGCGGCCCAUGCUUGUUGCAGUCUGCGCUUCCCCACCGUGUCCUGCCCGCGGUGGGUCAACGAGUCGGCCGACAGAUCUACGAGAACUCUCACAACCCACAUGGCCAGGCUUGGGGAGUUUACUAUUCGGGCGAGGAGCACGUGCAAGAGGACAAAUGCCUUGCUUUGUUCAGGGAGCUUGUGAAUGAGACGAAGUUCCCCGACCAGGAUGUGUGCCAAUUUAUGGAGGAAGGCGUCUCGCUUGUCGGAGUGGAGCCCUCCUCCGCCUUGUUCCCAUCGCGACCCAAACCGAUGAGGGCUACCCCCGAGCAGUUGGAUUCACAGGCUGUCUGGAGGAGGCGGGUGCUACUUGCUAAGCCGCCUCAAAUCCUUCGAGACGAGGAGCUUGAGAUCCUUAAUUCCGAGACCGAAGACGAGUGUCGACUAGGUUUCCUUGAGGGACCGUUCCCCGACGAGGCGGCGGUUACGAAGCGGCUGGGUACCGAGGAGUGGUCGCCUAGCCAGAGGUUCUUGCUGUUCCAGGGUGAGGACCGGAAGCCGAGAGUCAUCGACAACCUCCGUGAUUCGGGGGUGAACGCAUCGUUCGGAUCCACCUCGCAUCUGCAGAUGCAUGACAUUGACUUUGUGACGGCUGUGGCGAUGUUCGUCGCGGAUGUGUGGAGCCGCCAUGACGAAGUUAGGGUCUUGCUAUCUUCUGGAGAGGUUCUCUCUGGCCCAUGGCACCCCGACAGCAAGAAGGCGGAAUGGGCUGGCCGUUGCUUCGACCUCUCCAAAGCCUAUAAGCAGGUUCCCGUCCUCGAAGAGUCACUGAAGUAUGCGGUCAUAGCCAUGCCGGGCAGAGACCGCCAGUGGACUUUUUACUUGGCGCGGGGAUUACCCUUUGGAGGCAGUGGAUCGGUCUUCGCGUUCAACAAAAUCUCGAGAGCCUUGUGGCACAUUGCUGUGGAAAAGUUGAGGCUUGUCACUUCGGUCUUCGUGGACGACUUCCCUACGCCUGACUUGAUGCAAACAUCAUCUAGCGCUUCGGACUCGUUCUCGAGAUUGCUUACCGCCUUGGGAUGGACCCAUGUUGCGAACAAGGAGGGGAGAAGUGACAGGAUCCAAGCCCUGGCAGAUCGGAUGUGCCAGGAUGGCGAAGACCUGAGGCAGCUGGCCACGUCGCUGCAUGGGCUGCUGAACUUUGCCUCGGGGUUCACGCUGGGCUCCUCGCUUAAACCUAUUGCUCGCACUUGCUCACGUAUUGCAUCCAGACCGGCCAGCUUUGGGGCGGAGGCGAUCAAGCAGAUGAACGACCUGCUCAAGGCGACUCUAUCUUCCUGGAGGCCUAGAAAGUUGCACAUGACCGACCCAAGGAAGCCGGUAAUCUUGUACACAGAUGGAUCCUACGAGGGCGGCCGAGCGAUGUGGGGGGCCUUCUUCAUUGACCCGGAGUCUGACCACAAAGUAUGCCUUUCGGGGCUGGUCCCCAGCUUGAUCCGGAAGGUAUGGCUUCUUCAGGCUGGGGAACAGAUAAUAUGCGAGAUCGAACUCUUUGCAGUGGUUUGUGCCAAGUGGGUUUUUGGUCGAAGGAUGGCGAACCGCAAGGCCUUCAUCUUCAUCGACAACAACUCGGCCCUGGCCACCCUCGUGAAGAGGAACAGCCAGUCGGACGCGAUGUUCAGGCUGAUGUCUUUGAUAAAUGUCAUGGAUUCGGUCUAUCCCGUGGGUGCGUGGUACCACCGCGUGCCCUCGAAGAGCAACCCUGCAGACCUGCCGUCUCGCGACGAGUCGGAUCUGCUUUGCCGGACGUUUGGAGCCAGAGACAAAGGUGAGUUCGCUCCACCUGGCGAGAUGGUCCGAUUCAUCACUGAGCCAACGUUCACAGCCGCUUCGCUCGAGCUUGCAGUCAGGGCUUACGGUGAGCAUCAGGAGAGACGGGGGUGA